AUGAAGUUCGCAUAUACCACCAUCCUCGCCUUCGGCGCAUCUCUCGCCCUCGCACAGAACGCCGCGGAACUGCUCAGGAAUUUUCCUCAAUGUGCCAUCGCAUGUCUAGCCACCGGAAUCGGCGCGUCCAACUGCGGCAGCUCCGACUUCGUCUGCCAGUGCACAACAGGCGCGCAGGCGAUCCAGAACGCAGCACAGCCGUGUAUCCAGUCAGCAUGCAACGCCGAUGACCAACGACGCGCCCAGGAAGCCUCCAAUUCCGUAUGCGCCGCAGCCGGCGUGUCGUCAGUAUCAGUGACCAGCGCCACCGGCGGAGCCGCGACCGUGACGGGGAGCAUGACGACUGCUACCGCGACUGCGACAAUGACGAGCUCUGCGGCAGGAGCAGCUCAGACCACAAAUGCGGCUGUGUCGCAUGGUGUUAGCGGGCUUGGUGUUGGAGCUGCUGUUGCGUUGGGUUUGUUGGUGCUAUAA